AUGGUUGAAGAUUUAUCAGAAGUAAUUAUAAUUUCAAAAAAAGAAGAUGAAAUAAAUAAUAGCAAUAGUAACAGUAAUAGUAGUUGCAUUAGAAAUGAAAAUAGAGUUGCUGGUGACUCUGUUUCAUCUACUACCACUUCGCCUUCGUCGAUAACAUCGAUGUCACCUCCAGAGAGUCCAAAUCUUAACAAGUCAUUGGGCACGGAAUCGGCAGGCUCCAUUCUACUGAGUGCAAGUGGUGCCAGUAUUGCCAACAACUCUUCACCGACUAGAAUGAACGAACUCCAAAGAGAACUCUCCUACAAAUCGAUGGAGUGCCAAAAGAAAGACGAUGAAAUUCGCCAACUCAAACAGUCGAUCCUACAACUUAACCAACAAUACACACAAGAACUUUCAUUUUGUUGCCAUUACUCCGACAUUCUUUCAAGGUUACAAAAAGAAAUUCAAUUCGAGCUCGGUACCUCAAAAUAUUUCAAAAGAAGAACAGAUAUAUUAAAUAUAGUUGUAAAAUAA